AUGGCAGACAAAGCUAGCUAUUUCACACAGCUCUAUGCUUUAAGUAAUUCGGAUUCAGAUGAAGGAGAGCUCAAUGAAUCGCGAGAAUUUUUGAAAAAAUGCAAUACUCCCAUUUUGGAUCCUCCAUCACAAAGGAAGCGGAGUUUGCUACCUCCCUUACCAAAGGAUCCAAAUCUACUACCACCUCGAAAGCUACAUAAACCGCUUUUAAAAAAUGUUCCAACAUUACAACGAAGUCAUUCAGAGCCAAAGGGGAAUGUAAGUACGGUUAAGAAUACGGCUGAUGGUACGACGGAGAAACUUUUUGAGUCACCUCGUAGAAGGUCUGGCCUUCGAAGCGAAUCGCGUGCUACGGUUUCUACAGGUAGUUCUUUUGAAAAGGAAACUUCGUCGUCUUUAAGAAGUGCAGAUGGUUCAGUAAAAAGACCAACUAGAGAUCAACGCAGCAUAUCAAAUCCAACAUCAGCUACCUUGGUUCUUACCAAUAGUACAGGAAUCGCAUCAAUGCUUAGCAAAAAGAGAAAAGGAGAUGCCCAGGAAAACGGGGCCAACAAAAAACCCACCAAGAAGAAAGAGAAACCUCUAAAGUUUGUUCCCCCAAAGGAUCGGGUCUUCCAAGGUCUUAAUUUUUUCUUCCUUCCUAACGAUGAUAAAUCUCCAGUCAGGCGUUUUCGCAUCAUUAAAGCAAGAGAGCGCGGCGCAACAUGGGUUAGAGAUAUAAACGAGCCCAUCUCGCAUCUUAUUAUUGAUAACUCCUUGACGCGCAAGGACGUUGUGACCUACCUUGGAGUCCUUCCGGAUGGAGCCAGUAUGGUAAAUGAGGAAUGGUUAUUAGAUUGCAUUGAACAGAAAUUUCUCUAUGAACCAACUGGGAAGAAAUAUCAGGUCAAAAAUCCAGAUGCAGUCAUCGAAAAGAAGCAGAUGCCGAUAUCAUCAACGUCACAGCAGUCACAUGAAUCUCUCCAAUUAGAACCUCGUAACAGGAAACCUAAUAAGUGGGAGUAUGUGCCUCUGAAAGAAACACCUGAACGUAGUCAACGUUCAAUACCAACCGUCAAACCGGCUCCUUUCCCGUCAACCUCAAUUUCUAGAUCACAGUUGCCGGAAACAGAUCCAGAUGGUUUGACAGAAGAGAGCUCACAGCACCUUAAUCAAACAUCUUCCCCCAACCCACAAUACGCAGACUUUGGUAUACUAAAUGAAGCAAUCGAAUUAGCCAUGGCAACCGAAGGUGUACUCGAUCAUGACAAUUCUGACGACGACCUAACAUCAAAUUUCAGUGAAUUUGAUGAUACCAUAGACGAAUCAGAUUCAGAAGAUGGUCGUCGUUCCCCUCUGAAAGCUCCCACCAAAACCCGUCGAACAGCCCCUGCGGGCAAAGGGAGUCUAAGUAACUUCCAAUGUAUGACUGGGGGAACCGCCUCCGACGAACCCAAUCCCAACGAUCACACAAUCCAAAUCCUGUCACGAAUGAAAGACUACUAUGAAAGAAUCGGCGAUCAAUGGCGUACGCGUUCCUACAUGCAAGCAUGCGGCCAACUCAAAAACCAACCAACCCUCAUCCGUACCUUCUCCGAAGCCAUCGUAAUCCCCAAAAUUGGCCAACGCAUCGCCAAAAAAAUCGAAGAAAUAGUCCUCACCGGUCAUCUCCGGCGUCUCGACCACGCAGAAGCAGAACCAGACGAUAAAAUCCUCAAACUCUUCAUGGGUAUCUAUGGAGUAAACUACAAGCUCGCAUCAAAAUGGAUUUCUCAAGGCCAUCGCUCAUUUGCCGAUCUCAAAAACAACAUCAAACUCACACCCAGUCAACAAAUCGGCAUCGAACACUACGAUGAUUUGCAACUCCGGAUUCCCCGCCACGAAAUCGAAGAACUGGGUAACUUCAUCAUCGAAACAUCUAAAACCCUCGAUCCCGAAAUCGAAAUCACAAUCGGCGGUUCCUAUCGUCGCGGCGCAAAAACAUCCGGCGAUAUCGAUAUCAUCAUUUCCAAACCCCACACUACCAAAACAACACAACUAGCACCCUUCCUCUCUUCUCUCGUAAAGUCUCUCACAGAUUCCCACUUUUUAACUGCGGCGCUCGCCGUACCGCAUAAUAACGAAGGCUCAAAAUGGCACGGAUGUUGUGUUCUCCCAUCUCCCUCUUCCUCUUCUCAACUCACCUCUCCCAACCCCUGGCGUCGCAUCGAUUUCCUCCUCGUUCCUGCGUCCGAAAUCGGCGCAGCACUCAUCUAUUUCACCGGCGACGAUAUUUUCAACCGAAGUAUGCGUUUACUGGCUGGGAAAAAAGGGAUGAGAUUAAAUCAGCGGGGCUUGUAUAGAGAUGUCAUGAGAGGCGGGAUGAAGGGAGGAAAGUGGGAGAGUAGGAAGAAAGUCACGGAUGGGACGUUGGUAGAGGGGAGAGACGAGAGAGCGAUUUUUGAAGCAUUGGGGGUGCCGUGGAGGGAGCCGUGGGAGAGAAUUUUGCAUUAGGGGCCCGGUAUGAAGGUAGAGGGCAGGGGACUUUUGUAUGAGGACGAGGGGAGCUUGGUGCUUGUGAGCAGACGGUGGUGCAUUUUUGGUUUUGGAGAGGAAAUACCCAUCUUCAUGUUUGGUUCAGGUUCAGGUUCAGCUUCUAAAUUUGGGGCUAUUCGUACAGGAUAUCGAAGAUGUGUCAGGAACCCAAGCCAGUAUGUCACGAUUGAGCUCAAAGGGAAGUUUUUGGGUAACGCUUGAAGAUUCGUGGAUUGGAUGAAGAACUUACAGUACAGGGGUUGGAGUAAACAUUGCAUUGUUUUGUGAUAUCGCGCUAGGAUAUGCGAUCUUGUGGGUUGGAGUCUAGGAUUAGAUGGUACCUUGUGCAAUGAUGAUAUUGGUUUAUUCAUUUUGCAUCAUUGACCAUAUA